AUGCUAACAGAUCUGUUCUCUGCACUGUUCUCAAUUGAAGAUGGAACAACAGAGUCAGUGACUCCAAAAUAUGGACAUGGCGUCCAGGAAGACGAUAUAGAUCUUCAAUUAAGGGCACUUAUAUACUGCUAUCAAAGGCUCAAGGUAAAGGAGAUGAGCCCAUUCUAUCCGGUUGAUUCUACAACUGAGGAUGGAGAAACAUUAGGCGAUGGCAGUGUAGCCCUGGACAAAGUUUACAAUCUAGAACAAUUUAUAGCCAUGUUACAAGAGGAUCCGCAUCACAUACUGGUAGAUUGGUGUAAAAAUAAGGCUAGGCUAAUGUGUAUAUUAUCAAGUACACCGGUGAGGACGGUAAACAAGUUACCGAAAGGAUUUUCCUACCUUAUCUUGGAACCGGAUAGUUCGGAAGAUCUUUACUUUCAAAGACUAGUGUAUGAUAGCAAACUGUACCACGAACAUGAUGUACCACUAAGUUGGAAGAUACAAUGCCUUCGAGAGAUUAUAAAGAAACAGUAUACUCUCGUCCCAACUAGGAGGAAAAGUUUUAAUAAGCAGGAUCGAUGGCAGAUCAUGAUCAGAUAUCUAUCAAAGCUGGCGGAACAUGUUCAGAUUGAGAGGGUCUAUAAAGCAUACAGAUCACAGCCACCAGCAACAAGAAGACUUUCAAAUAGUAGCGAUGGCAGUGAGCAGUCGAUGCUCACAAGAGGCCUGAAGAGUAAACCAUCCAUGACAAUUUUAAGACUCGAUAGAAGUGUUACAUCAAGAUCAACGACUCACACAAGCGCAUUGAGUCGAAAUCAACCCAAUUCGCCACUAAUUCUGUCCAGAAGCCCUUCUCCGAAGAAAUCUUCCAAUUAUAAUGCAUUUACAAAUACUCACAACAGUACCAAUAAUGAUAGUCUUUUAUAUCAACAGUCCAGAAACUGCGUCAUAAAAAGACUUGAGAGAGAAAAACAGAGAAGGGAAUCAGAAAGCGAACAAGCCCUGAUAUCUACAUCUCUGUAA